UGUUAUCUCUUAGCCCCGGGUGGCGAGUCAUUAUGUUCAGGAGAUCGGAACUUGUCGCACGACUUACUUUUAAUUAUCCCAAGAUUUAUUCAAAUCUCUAAGAGAAAAAAUAAUAAAGAUGACAAGUAGCAUAAUUCGUAUAGCAGCCAGAAUAACAAAAUGCCGGCCUAUCACUGCGUGCAGCAGACACCAUCAGUACAGCACAGAAAAAAAAGCGAGAUAUUACACGAAAAAGCAUGAGUGGGUGGCUGUAAAUGGAGACAUUGGUACUGUCGGCAUUUCCCAAUAUGCACAGGAAGCAUUGGGCGAGGUGGUGUUUGUACAACUGCCUGACGUAGGCAAGCAGGUGUCGGCGGGUGAGGAGUGCGGGGCGCUUGAGAGCGUUAAAGCUGCAAGCGAGAUAUUUUCACCAAUAUCUGGGACCGUGACAGAGAAGAACGACAAAGCGGAAAGCACGCCAUCUUUGAUCAACAAGUCAUGCUACGAGGACGGUUGGCUAUUCCGUCUGAAGCUGGCAGGCACAGAAGAAUUAAAGAAAUUGAUGGAUCAGACGGCAUAUGACAAAUAUCUACAAGAAUCUCAUUGAUGAUUCAUCUUGCAACUAUUUAACUAGUAACUUUUAAUAAAAAUUUAUACAUUUUUUGCCACUCCAGUCAUUUAUUGGCUUCGUGUGGUUUUUCAUGUCAAACCUAAGAUAAAGGCCACCUUUAGUGAGCACUGUGAGUGCGGUAAUUAGUAGUUAUUUUUAUUAUCAAAUCAAAGUACAAAAAUUUAUAUUUAUUUUUUACAAUAAAAAAUGGCUUAUUGUUGGUCAUUGUGAAAAGAGGUUUAGUAAGAAAUAUAACUUAAUAUCUACCUU